AUGGCCAUGGCUGUUAUCCCACUGCUGAUUCUAGGGAUGCUUGAAGAUCUGGGGAAGGAAGAGGGACAGGCCUCUGGCCCCGGCAGGUCAGCUUCACCGCGCGCGCCGCGGUGGCCCCGCCUCGUUUCCGUAGGAAGAAGCGCCGGGAAAGAUGGCGGCGGCUGCGGUUUGAAUUCCAGCGGCGCCGCCGGAGUCCGAACAAGAGCUGGGUUAGAGGGGGCGGGGACCUGAGCCGGUGGCCUUGUUCCUAACGUACCAGGUGACCUGGAUGGCGUCAACCCCAAAGCUGGUUUGAGAAACGGUGUGCUCCCAGAUGUGUCAGAGGAAAUGGUGUCUCCCACCAGAGCACGGAACAUGAAGGACUUUGAAAAUCAAAUUACUGAAUUGAAGAAAGAAAACUUUAACCUAAAGCUCCGCAUCUAUUUCCUUGAGGAAAGAAUGCAACAGGAAUUUGAUGGCCCCACUGAACACAUCUACAAAACUAACAUCGAGCUCAAGGUGGAAGUAGAAAGUCUGAAGCGGGAGCUCCAGGAGAGAGAGCAGCUGCUCAUCAAAGCCUCCAAAGCAGUUGAGAGCUUAGCUGAAGGGGGUGGCUCUGAAAUUCAGCGGGUGAAAGAAGAUGCUCGGAAGAAGGUGCAGCAGGUGGAAGAUGUUCUGAACAAAAGGAUACUCCUUUUAGAAGAGGAUGUGAAAGCCGCCCAAGCAGAACUGGAAAAAGCCUUUGCAGGGACAGAAACGGAGAAGGCUCUUCGAUUGAGUUUGGAAAGCAAACUUUCGGAGAUGAAGAAGAUGCGCGCGGGGGACUUGGAGAUGGUUCUGGUCCUGGAAGAGAAAGACAGACUGAUUGAGGAGUUGAAGCUGUCUUUGAAGAGCAAAGAAGCUUUAAUUCAGUGCCUUAAAGAGGAGAAAUCUCACAUGGCAUCUCCUGAUGAGAAUGUGUCAUCUGGAGAGCUCCGAGGACUUUCUGCUGCUCUGAGGGAAGAAAAAGAGAGAGAAACUGAGGCUGCACAAAUGGAGCGUCAGAAGGAAAAAAGUCACUUUGAAGGGAGGAUCCAGGCACUUCAGGAGGACCUGAGAGAGAAGGAAAGAGAAAUUGCUACAGAGAAGAAAAAUAGUUUAAAGAGGGAUAAAGCCAUUCAGGGUUUAACCAGUGCAUUAAAAUCAAAGGAAAAAGAGGUUGAAGAACUUAACUCUGAAAUAGAAGAGCUCAGUGCUGCAUUUGCUAAAGCCAGAGAGGCUGUGCAGAUAACACAGACCCACGAAUUCCAGGGGUCCAAAGACUACGAGGCUGCUCUGUCAGGAAAGGAAGCCCUCUUGGCUGAGCUGCACUCAGAAAACCUCUCCAAGAGUACAGAGAACCACAGACUGCGUAGGAACAUUAAGAAGGUCACCCAGGAGCUGAGUGACUUGCAGCAGGAGAGGGAGAGACUGGAGAAGGACCUGAAGGAAGCCUGUCGAGAAAGGAGCAAAGGAGACUGCACCAUCCGUGACCUUAGAAAUGAAGUUGAAAAAUUACGCAAUGAAGUUAAUGAAAAAGAGAAAGCAGUGGAGAAUCGGUAUAAGAGUCUUUUGAAUGAGAGCAAUAAAAAAUUGCACAGUCAAGAGCAACUGAUCAAACAUCUAACAGAAAGUGCCAAUCAAAAGGACUUGUUGCUUCAGGACCUUAGAAAUGAAGUUGAAAAAUUACGCAAUGAAGUUAAUGAAAAAGAGAAAGCAGUGGAGAAUCGGUAUAAGAGUCUUUUGAAUGAGAGCAAUAAAAAAUUGCACAGUCAAGAGCAACUGAUCAAACAUCUAACAGAAAGUGCCAAUCAAAAGGACUUGUUGCUUCAGAAAUUCAAUGAAAAAGAUUUGGAAGUAAUACAGCAGAACCAUUAUUUAAUGACUACAGAGGAUCUUGAGUUUAGGAGUGAAGGUUUAAUAACAGAAAAACGCUCUUCUCAACAGUUACCUGGCAGCAAAGUCAUCUUCUCUGAGGAAAAGCAACAAUCAGACUAUGAAGAACUGAUGCAAGUCUUAAAGAAAGAACAGGACAUCUAUACCCAUCUGGUAAAAUCUCUGCAGGAAUCAGACAGUAUCAACAACCUGCAGGCUGAGUUAAACAGCGUCUUUGCCCUGCGGAAGCAACUGGAGCAGGAUGUACUCUCUUAUCGGAAUUUGCAAAAGACCCUGGAGGAGCAGAUCAGUGAAAUUCGGAGGCGUGAAGAAGAACCAUUUUCAUUUUAUAGUGAUCAAACAUCUUAUCUAAGUAUUUGCCUUGAAGAGCACAACCAGUUUCAAGUGGAGCAUUUUUCUCAAGAAGAACUUAAGAAAAAGGUCAGCGACCUUAUACAGCUAGUGAAGGAGCUGUACACAGACAACCAGCACCUGAAGAAAACCAUUUUUGAUUUCUCCUGUGUGGGUUUCCAGGGAAAUGGCAGACUUGAGUCAGCAGGACAAACAAAGCUUCUGGCUAGCAAGGAAGACAAGGACACGAUCAAAAUUGGAAAGGAUGACGAGAAUAAUUUCCUGAGUGACCAGCGUUUGGAGCAGGGUAAUGAGAUUAUGGAGGAUCGUUUCAAAGGGGGUUGCAAAAAUGGAUUUUUAAAGCACACAGAUUCCAGUAUAUCAGACUACGAUGGAGACCACAAAUCUGGUUGCCCUGGAGACCAGAACCUGGAAGAAGGCGAGCUCAUGAACCUGCAUGCCCCUUUCGUCAAUGAGAAGGCCACAUUGUUACUGGAAUCCAGACCAGACGUUCUGAAAGUGCUACGUGAACUGCUUCUGGAACGAAUAUGCUUGACAGAGCAGGAAGUUUCUGGAGAACGCCUUGAUGGUAAAAUUGAGAAGACGCUUAAGCAAAUAGCUGUUCAGCUAAGAGGCGAACUUGGACAAUUUGUCCAAGCCAACUCAUUUUCCAAGUCACAUGAUGACCUGAAGCCACCGUGGGAGGCCCAGCUGGUAAAGGCGGGUGAAGCGUCCACAGGGGAGCUGAAAGAUGCCUCAGUGCAGACUGUGGCUGUGGAGGGCGACCCGCUGGGAUUCAGACACGAAGGAAAGAGAGAGGCUUGGGGAGAGAAGCCAAGCGACGGCGCAUUCAGUGCUGAGCAUCAGCCGGAGAACUCGUGCAGGCCUGGGCUGCAGGCCACUUCCCGCCCCUUCCUCGGUGGGACUGACAGAGAUGCUAAGAAGUCUCGCUUGCCAAUCCUAGUAAAACCAUCCCGGUCAUUAGGAAAUGUAUAUUAUCUCCCUGCCACCCAGGAGGUGGUGGCCCAGCUGCAGGGCCAGAUCUUGAAGCUGCAGGGGGAGCUGAAGGAGUUUAAAACUCGCAAUGAGCAACUUCACCAAAAGUUAAUUCUGGCUGAAGCAAUGAUGGAGGGGAGGCCAACGUCCAACACAACGUUGCUGAAUGCUCAGCUUCUUGUGGGAGAAGCCUACCAGGACAGCCCAGAAGAGCAUAAAGGAGUUAAAACCGCACCCUCUGUCUGGAGAGGCAAGGAAAUGGACAAUGAUCAGCAAAUAAGCUGCGAGAUCGACUCUGAAAUUUACCCAUCUGAUGAUCACCUUGCCAUCUUGCCAACAUGCAAAAAGAAUCCCGAAGAUUGUCUGGGCCCAACAUCAGCAGUUACUUAUGUGAGUUCUAAGAGUCAGCCUUCCAUUAAAGUCAGCAUGAUUGGGACUGCUCAGUCUGAGGACAUCGAUACCUCAAAUGAUACAGAAUGCUUAAAACAGAAAAUCCAUGACUUGGAAACUGAGCUGGAAGGCUACCGGAAUUUCAUAUUUCAGCUUCAAAAGCACUCCCAGUGCAGUGAGGCCAUUAUCACAGUUUUGUGUGGGACAGAAGGGGCCCAGGAUGGCUUGGGCAAGCCCAAGGUCAGUACCGACGAAGAAGAAAUGACCUUUUCAAGUUUGCGCCAAGUUCGAUACGUGAAGCACAUGAAACUCCUCCAUCCGCUGGCCUCGGGGAUGAUUGAUCGUGGGAUGCUGGAGAGCCUCAAACAGCAGCUGGUGGAACGGGAAUAUAAGCUGCCAAAGGAGCAGAAUUUGAACAUGGAACUUUUCAGUGAAAUCCAUAACCUGCAGAAUAAGUUCAGAGAUCUCUCACCCUCCAGAUACGAUUCAUUAGUUCAGUCCCAAGCCAGAGAGCUCUCCCUUCAACGGCAGCAGAUUAAGGACAGCCUUGGCAUCUGUGUCAUUUACCGUCAACACAUGAACACCAUGAUUAAGGCGUUUGAAGAGUUGCUGCAGGCCAGCGACGUGGAUUACUGUGUGGCCCAGGGUUUCCAGGAGCAGCUAAAUCAAUGUGCUGAACUGCUGGAGAAAUUGGAAAAGCUAUUUCUCAACGGAAAAUCAGGUGGAGUAGAAAUGAGCACCCAGAAUGAACUGAUAGAAAGGAUUGAGGAAGACAACUUAACCUACCAACAUAUUCUACCCGAAUCUCCUGAGCCUUCAGCCACUCACGCAUUGUCUGAUUAUGAAACAUCUGAAAAGUCCUUCUUCUCACGAGAGCAGAAGCAAGAUAGUGAGACCGAGAAGACUUCAGUUGUGGCGAAUAAGUUUUCUCAAGUUCUGCCUUUUUCAGCUAUAGGCUUAGCACUCACAUGGGUCACUCCUAAGCUAAUUAAAUGGGUGCCCUUGGCCCAUUCCGCGCUUUUGCAAGCCAGCAGCGAGCCUGUGCAUCCAUCACGCUGUCUGGGCGAAGUUGCAUCUGGUGUUUACCUGUUAAUGAAUGCAUUGCAGCUUUGGAGUCCUUUGCUCUUGUCUGAGAUCAUGAAUAAUGUGAAUAAUGAGACUGUGGCCACUGACAAGAUGAUUGAGGAAGACAACUUAACCUACCAACAUAUUCUACCCGAAUCUCCUGAGCCUUCAGCCACUCACGCAUUGUCUGAUUAUGAAACAUCUGAAAAGUCCUUCUUCUCACGAGAGCAGAAGCAAGAUAGUGAGACCGAGAAGACUUCAGUUGUGGCGAAUAAGUUUUCUCAAGACUUACUAAUGGAACAUAUACAGGAAAUUCGAACUUUGAGAAAACGUUUAGAAGAAUCUAUUAAAACAAAUGAGAAGCUACGGAAACAGCUCGAACGGCAAGGAUCUGAAUUUGAUCAAGGUUCUACAAACAUUUUUGCUUCUGGUUCAGAGCUGCAUAAUUCUCUGACAUCGGAAAUUCAUUUCUUGAGAAAGCAAAACCAGGCCCUCAAUACGAUGCUCGUGAAAGGAUCCAGAGAUAAACAGAAGGAGAAUGAAAAAUUACGGGAGUCCCUCUCCAAGAAGACGGCGAGCCUUGAGCACCUUCAGCAGGAGUACGCCAGUGCAAAGGAGGAAAAUGAAAGGCUGCAGAAGGAAGUCAGUGAGAAGGAGAGACACAACCAGCAGCUGAUCCAGGAGGUCUGCAGCACCGGCAAGGAGCUGAGCAGGCUGCAGAAGGAAGUCAGUGAGAAGGAGAGACACAACCAGCAGCUGAUCCAGGAGGUCUGCAGCACCGGCAAGGAGCUGAGCAGGGUGCAGGAGGAGGUGAGGUUGAGGCAGCAGCUGCUCUCCCAGAACGACAAGCUACUCCAGUCCCUCCGAGUGGAGCUGAAAGUGUAUGAGAAGCUGGAUGAGGAGCACAGGAGACCGAGAGAGGCCAGAGCAGAGGCGUCUGGAGAAGGCUGGAAGGGGCAGGAUCCUUUCAGUGACCUGCACGGCCUCCUGAUGGAGAUCCAGGCUCUGCGGGCGCAGCUGGAAAGGAGCAUUGAAACCAGCAGCACCCUGAAGAGCAAGCUUGAGGAGCAGCUGGCACAGGGGGCAGAGAAGGCACAGGAAGGAGCCCUCACUCUGGCUGUCCAAGCCCUGGCCAUCCCCCAGCGGCCCCGUCAGCUAGACACAGACGAUGGUGACAAAUGUCCCAUGGCAAGUGAUAAUUCAUUUGAUCUGUUUGAUUCCACUCAGGCAGUGACACCAAAAUCAGAGACUCCUCCACUCUCUGUGAAUGACGUGGACUCCCUCUCCUGUGACAGUAGCAGCUCAGCAGCCAGCACCCCAUGUGUGUCCCACCUGGUCACUGACCACCGCCUGUGGGCCAGCAAGAGUGGCCACCAUGUCCUGGGCCUGAUUGAGGACUUUGAGGCUCUGUGCACGCAGAUUGGCCAGGGCCAGAAGCUCCUUGCCGAAAUGGACAUGCAAACCCAAGAGGCUCUCAGCCCUGCAAGUGAAGAGCUGGCAACAAAGGGUCUGCAUUUGGCACCACUGAGCAAGUUUGUCACCAGUGUGAGCACAGCCAAGCUGACCCUGGAAGAGGCCUCCCGGCUCCUGAAGCUUCUCUGGAGAGUCUCACUGCCCACAGAUGGCCAGUGUGGCCUUCACUGCCAGCAGAUCGAAGAAAUGAAGGCAGAGAUCACCAAACUGCACAAAAAAUUGUUUGAACAAGAAAAGAAGUUGCAAAACACUGUGCAGCUUUUGCAGCUGAGCAAGCAGCAGGAAAAAGUCAUCUUUGAUCAGUUGGUCGUAACCCACAAAAUCCUUCGGAAGGCCAGAGGGAACCUGGAGCUCAGGCCCGGGGGUGCCCAUCCAGGAACAUCGAGUCCCAGCAGACCAGGCUCCUGAGGAGAACUUUGAGCCAAUAAAGCCUGUGGUCUCCCCA